GUCACCUGAUACUCCUCACAAAUAUAACCCCUGGCUGUUCCCCACGUCCUGCUCGUGUAAAGGCAGCUCCAGACAGCAACUCUCUUCCAUUCGAGACACAGGAUACAAACGCAAACAUGACGGAUCAAUCCGCAUUUGAGACAGAUGUGUGGACUCUCACACGCUUUGUUAUGGAGACUGGAAGAAAGGCGAAGGGCUCAACAGGUGAACUCACGCAGCUCAUAAACUCCAUGCUAACAGCCAUCAAAGCUAUUUCAUCUGCAGUGAGGAAAGCAGGACUCGCACACCUUCAGGGCAUUGCUGGGCACAUCAAUGUCACAGGCGAUGAAGUGAAGAAGCUGGAUGUGUUGUCCAAUGAUCUGGUCAUCAACAUGCUGCAGGCCUCUUACAGCACCUGUCUGCUGGUCACUGAGGAGAACAAAGAGGCCAUUGUCACCCCUGCUGAUAAAAGGGGAAAAUACGUGGUGUGUUUUGACCCACUGGACGGAUCCUCCAACAUCGACUGCUUGGCCCCCAUAGGCACCAUUUUUGCCAUCUACAAAAGGACCUCAGAAGGCGAGCCCACUGAGAAAGAUGCUCUUCAGCCGGGUAAUCAGAUUGUGUGUGCAGGCUAUGCUCUCUAUGGCAGCGCUACUGUAGUGGCCUUGAGCACCGGCGCUGGACUCAACUUCUUCAUGCUGGAUCCAGCCAUCGGUGAAUUCAUCCUUACCGACAGAAACGUAAAGAUCAAGAAGAAGGGAAAGACCUACAGCCUGAACGAAGGCUACGCCAAGUACUUCGAACCUGCAGUGACUGAAUACCUAAAGCACAAGAAAUUUCCAGAGGAUGGCAGUUCCCCUUACGGUGCCAGGUACGUGGGCUCCAUGGUGUCAGAUGUGCAUCGUACCAUUGCUUACGGCGGCAUCUUCCUUUAUCCUGCCAACGAGAAAAGCCCGAAAGGAAAGUUGCGGCUCCUGUAUGAGUGCAAUCCCAUCGCCUUCCUGAUAGAGCAGGCCGGAGGUUUGGCCACCACCGGCACUCAGCGGGUCCUGGACGUGAAGCCCGAGGCUCUGCACCAGAGAGUUCCCUUCGUGGUCGGCUCUUCUGAGGACGUGGAGGAAUACAUGGCCUUUGUUAAGAAACACCAGAAAUAGAUUGUUUUAUAUAUUUGAUAUGAAAGCCUGAACAGUCUAGCUGCACUACCAAAAUCAACAGUAACUUUUUAAACUUUGAAAUAACAUGUGUUCCCUAUCAUGUCUUUAAAUAAGCAGCUUUAUUUAUGUUUUGUUUUCUGUCCUUCCCCUGCUCUAGUCUCUGGUGUAGCCAGGCCAUUGUGUCUUAUACAUUGUUGCCCUUGUGGACUUAAAACUGGAAUAAAACUAAGCACUUGUUGGCACUGCCACCUUUAAUAUAGUACUUUUUAUGCUAUAUCCCAACUGUGAACUAUUUAUUAUUUUAAUAACCUGUAUGCUAAUACUGUACCAAUAUUAAUUGUGAAGUGCGGUAUGUUUAGAAGCCAAAUAUCAAAGGUCCUGUUCCUUUUUCAGCUGCAUACUCUAUAUGCCUAUUUAAAAUGAAUUAAUUAGAGAUUUAUCUGGAUAGCGUUUUUAUAGAUAAUUAUAUAGAUUAUAUAUUAUAGAUAGAUAGUAUAGAUAACCAACAUUUCUACUCAAGUAAGAUAACAAAGUAUUUGUACUUUAUUACUUAACAACUCUGCUAACCACUUUCUGAACAAGGUAUUUUAUUGUUUGUACUGUAUAGUACUGUACUGUACUAUACUAUAAUGUAUUAUAUUGCAUUGAAACUCACUCACUCAUGUCUCGCAUGUAAAGACUCAACACAUAUAGUCGCAAUGUUUAUACUGGUGAAUUGAUAUUGCUAUGCCAGUACACAUUUAAUAAAACUGAGGCUUUAAAGACUGCACUGCAACCAUAAA